AUGCCCUGCCGCGUGCUGGUGGUCUUAUUGCUGACCUCCUUUGUCGUAGCAUCAGCUUUGGCUCAGCCUGAUGUUUCCGAACUGCGUACCCGUGUGCUCUUCAAUGACAGCUUCAACGCCCUUUUCGCGCCAAGUGGCAACUGGGUCCACCGCCAGGCGAACACAAGGGCAAAGCUGAUCGACGGCAGGCUAACGUUCGACGCCGUUGGUUCCAUGUUGCCCAACGGCGACAUCUUCACAAAUCGAAGCUUCGUCAGCAGCACCAACCAGUUCCUCCUGCGUUUCGACUACGCGGCCACUGUCGCGUGUGACCAAGUCUACGUGGCAUGGUUCUACGACAUACCCGCCAGUGAGGCCAUUGUACAUUCCGAUUCAUGGCUGGGCAGCGACUAG